AUCUGCUUAUAAGGGAUAUUUAGCAAUGGCGUCUACUGCAACCAGAAGAAGUUCUUCAGGGCCUGGAACAGGAUGGCCCCAAUCUCUUGAUAAGCAAAAAUUGCAUAGUUCCAAUUCUAUAACUAUAGAACGGGCGAUAAAUCUUUAUCCAUUAACCAAUUACACAUUUGGUACGAAAGAUCCUAUAUACGAGAAAGAUACAUCGGUUCAAGCUAGAUUUACACGUAUGAGAGAAGAAUAUGAAAAAGAUGGAAUGCGACGAUGCGUCGACGGCGUUUUAAUUGUUCAUGAACACGGUCUGCCCCAUGUUCUGCUUCUUCAACUAGGACAGUCUUUCUUUAAAUUACCGGGUGGUGAACUUAAGCCGGGAGAAGAUCAAGUAGAUGGCCUCAAAAGAUUUUUAACAGAUCUUUUAGGAAGGCAAGAUAAUGUUCCAGUAGAAUGGGUAAUAGAAGAUACUAUUGGAAAUUGGUGGAGGCCAAAUUUUGAACCACCCCAAUAUCCCUACUUACCGGCUCAUAUUACUAAACCGAAGGAACAUAAGAGAUUGUUUCUAGUUCAGCUUCCGGAAAAAGCACUAUUUGCCGUCCCUAGAAACUAUAAGCUUGUUGCAGCUCCACUUUUCGAGCUGUAUGAUAAUUCUCAGGGGUAUGGCCCAAUAAUAGCCGGUUUGCCUCAGUCACUAUCACGGUAA